AUGGAGCCCUAUUGUGAUUCUAAGCGGAAUAUUCAUUCUAAAAUACAACCUCGUUCUACUAAUAAUCAAAAUGAUUUUAUUAACCCUAGGCAUUUAAGUUUAAAAGGUGACUCAGAUGAUCGUGAUCCAGAUUAUGUUGUGGAUGUAGCUGAUCUCAGGAAAGAUCGUUCUUCAACUAAUAUCGGAGGACAAAAAGGAAGUGGAAGGCAGUUAGAAGUUGCAUUAAGGAAAGUUAUAACAGAACGUUUACAACAUCUUAAAGAUCGAGGAAAAUUUCAUCUGGAAAACUAUGGUUUAUCAAAUUUAACAUCAAUGCAAAUUGCAAUGUAUAUGAGGAGACUUUUUAAGAGAAAUGAUUUGCAAAAUUAUAUGACUCCUGAAAUGAUUAACUAUGUAUUUGGAACAACAAAAGGUGAUUCAGUUAUUAAUAGAUCUGGGAAACAAAUGACAACACCAACUAUUAAAGAUGUAGGUGAAAAAAAUCGUCAGCGAACAACUGAAUUUUCUGCAGAAAAUAGUACAAAAAUUCAAAAUGAGUCAGAUACAGAACCAAGUUCGGAUGAAGAGUUAGAAACAGAAAAAUAUAAUGACUUUAAAAUAGUAAAUUUUGUAAAAUACAUUCCUGGUCCAGCAGUGCCAAAUAUACAAAUUCCACCAAAUAAAUAUCAACCUCUCACAAGAAAUUCAAAUGUUUAUAGAUGUGCUAGGGAUCAGGCAUAUAUUUAUGGCAGAGGAAAAUGGAUAAACAGAGAAAUUGAAAAUUUAAAGCAAAAAAAGGCUGCAAUUGCUGCACAAAUUGAGAUGAUCAGGAAAAAAAAAACUCCUAUUAUUCUUGAGUCAACGGCACCAGUUUCAAAUAUUACAGAAACGUGUUCAAGAUUAUGUGCUUUUAAAAAUAAAGAUUCUUUUAAAGUUAAAUUGGUUAAUGUAAAUUCUCAACCAUUAUACGAAUCAAUGGGAACUCCAUUAGAUGAAUUUAAUAUGAAGAAUAAGGAUACUAUGGCUUAUUAUUCUAGAAUCGAUGACAAGGUUCACAGACAUCUAUCAUUAAAUGGUGCCGUUUCUGGGGAUUUACUUUUUCAUAAAUAUCUUAAAAGAAUGUCUUCUAUACGAAUGGUUAACAAAUGUACUAGUUCUGAACUUACUAAAUGUAGGCAAUUGGCAGACGUUUCUUCUACACCUUGGGUAUUAGGAUUAUCAAAUGCUUAUAAAAAUAUCGUUUUAUCAGAAAAAGAAGCACAUGAUAAUGAAAUUUUAAAAAUGGUUAAAAAAAAGGAGAAAGAAAAAGAUAGGAAAGAAGAGAAAAAUGAUAAGAAUGAUUUAAAUAAUUUUUAUACAGUCAAAGCAAUUGCUCCAUUAAAAUUAAAACUUUCUGGUAUUUCACGGAAAUCAGACAAAUUUAGAACUUCAAACAAACGUAAAUCCGACGAUGUCUUUGAAUCUGAAGAUGAUUCAAGAAAUACUUCCGCAGUUCAUACAGCAGAUGAGGACGGUGAUAUUGAAUUUGGUAGUAAACCUCGGAAGAUUUCUGCCCGAGAUUCAAGGAGAAAUUCGGGUGUUAGUACUUCAAAUAUAAAAUCCUGGAAUUCGAAAUAUCCAGUUUCAACACCAAUAAUUGAUGUUGGAUGUAAGUUACCAACAAAAGCCGAUUAUGCUGAAAUAAUAGUUCCAUCAUGGAGUGGUUGGGUAUCGCCAAUAUCUCAUGAUCAAGGUGAUGAAGAAUGUAUUAUCAAUACUCAAGAAUAUGAGAGAAAAAUUGAAAAAUAUCACGAAGAGAUGGAACAACAAGAAAAAGCUAAAAUAGUGGUUUCAAUUAACAAAUCACAGAAAAAGAAUAAGUCUUCUAUUUCUAAAGACUUUUCCAAUAGUGCAGCACCUUUUACUGCUGAAGAACUACUUAUGAGUAUUAAUGGAACAACAAAUAAGAUCCCAGAAAAGGUCGAGUCAUCAGAUGUACCAAACUACGAUCGGCCAUCUUACCAGUACAACAUGGGCGGACACCAUGAUGAUAUAAAAAUUCCUCAUCCUUCUGCUUACAGUAAUUAUAGAAAAUAUCCACAGUUGGCUGCACAUGAAAAAAGAUUAAGUCAAUUGGGACUUCGUGAUCCAUGGAUUAGAAAUAUUGUUCAUAUAUUCAAUAAUCCAGAUGCUCCUGUUGUCAAGGGACAAUUUGCCCAUUUUAAGGAUCUUUUGAGAACUGGAUUUAGACCAGGUCUUAUUUUUGCAGCAACACUUAUUGCUGUUGAAGAGACUUAUUCAUACAUUAAACAUGGACAUACUAGUUGGAACAGCCAUCAUUAA